UUAAAUUGUUUGUGUGUGCGAAACACGGCAUUUUCGUUUACGGAUGAAUUUGUUUCACAUUUUUUCUAACAAAUCCAAUACGAUAUUUAAUUUCAAAAUAAAUAACUUUAAAGUGUUCUAAUUACAAUAAGCGUAUUUUAAUUAAAAUAUAUAAUAUUUUGUAUUUUAUGUGUUUUAGAGAUAAAGAAUUUAAUGCAGAAAUAGAAGUAAUAUAUUUUGUAACAACGGAAAACUAAAUAAUUAAAAUAUAACUACAAGAUGAUGGAGGUUAAGCAAAAUACAGCAGUCGAUUUGAAUGAUUUGUUGACAUCACCGAAGAAUAGCGGUACCGAUGAAGUUGACGAUGCUGUUAUGUCAGAUUUAACAGAUCGAACACAUGAUUUAGUAAACUGUGAUCUAAUAAAAACAAAUGAUAAAACCUCAGAUAUAACAGAAUUAGGAAAUGGUGAUGUUGCCAUGGCUUCCUUAAUAAAUGAUGUAGUUGAUGUUGAGGCCGACUUAAAUGCCACCGUUAAUUCUGAACUAGAAGAUGCUCUUUUAGCCGAUGAUGAUGUUUUGCCCAAAAUCACAAACUCUAAAGUGGGAGAAACAACACCAACGACAGCUGAUGAUAUUUUAGCAGAUAAAGUUGAAACCUCAAAUUCAACAACUAGUUCAAAUAAUCUACGAGAUCCUGGUGAUGAUUUAGACACAUUAUUAUCGAAAAUAAAUGAUAUUGUUGAGGAUUGUAUUGACAAUGAGAGCGAGAGUACGGUGAAUGGAAGUACACUCAAAUCAGAGCAAAUAAUAAAGAAAAUAGCUGAAACGCAUGAAGAGAAUAAUUUAAAUGAGAGUGUGAUAUUUGUAGAAGAAUCGAAAGUAACAGAUGAUUCUGUUAUAUUAGAAAAAGACAAAACUGAAAAUAUUGCAGAAACAUCUGCAAAUAAAGAGAAUAAUAUAGAAGAUCCUAGUGUGGUAACCGAAAAUAUUGGAAAUAAAGAAAUAAUUUCUACAGAAGUAACACCUGUCCCAGAAGAGCUUGAAAACCUAGAAGAGGAUGCUAUGGUAGAAAGUAAUGAACCUGAUAAGGAGGAAAAUAAUGAUUCGUCAGCAAAAGCAGAACUAAUCGAUGAUAAGUUAAGCAUUCCUGCUGAUAGUAUUGACAAGAUAUUAGAAAAUAAUCAAAAUCAAGAUAAGACUGAAGAUUCAAUUGCAGAUGUUGUGCAAGAUAAUGAAAUAACCUCAAAUAAUAAUGAGAUUACGGAAAGUGUUAAAGAACCAACAAUUGCUGUAGAGGAUAAUAAUAGUGAUAAAGUCUCUAGUAUGGAAGUAGUUAAAACUGCUGAAAAGAAUGAUGCAUCACAAACAAUUGAUAAUACAGUAAAGACUACAGAUAUUACACCCGCACAAGCAGAGAAUCUUAAAAAUCCAACUGAAGCUAGUAAAACCAGAGAAAAUGCAGAAAACGAUGAAUCCGAUGAUGAGAUUGUAUUUUAUGUUGAUAAACCACCAGAAAUAGAAAAAUCAAAAGAAACGGAAACAAGGCUAGAAGAGGCAGAAACGCAAGAGACAUCGAUCGCAGAAAAUGCUGGUGUAGAAAGUAAACCACUAACUCCCACUAAGAAAACGGUGGAAGAAGAUGACGAUGUUGUUCUAUUACUAGAUGAUGAAGACGAGGAAAUUAUAGAUAAUAAAAAAGAACAACAAACUCAAAACACAGAAAUUGCGAACAAAAAACAAGAUGAGCAAAAAGUUGCCUCAGAAGAAGGUAACAAAUCUCUCGAACCGAGUUCGGCAGCAGAUGCAAAAGAUAUUGAUAUUGACAAUUCGGAUAAUGCUUGUGAUGACUUUGUUGGUGGCAAUUUAAAAGAGAUCGAUAAGCCCAUAGAAAAAACUCCACAAGCUGAGACUCCCGAAGAAACUAACAGCAAUUGCAGUAGCAGCAGUAACCUUUUGCAGGAAGCAAACUCUCUAAAAAAUUCCUCAGAUGAGCCUACACCGGAGGACCCUGAAAAUGAGGAAGAAGAGGAUGAAGGCGAUGUAGAAUUGAUUGAAAGCGAACUAAAAGAACCGGAAACUUCCGAAAAGUUAGAAGAUUCUGAAUCUGCACCACCCGCUAAACGUAUACGUUUAAGUGAAGAUAGUGAACGUUCUUCAAAGGCUGAAGAAUGUAAUAGUAGUGAAACAAAAGAAGUUGCUUCCUUACCACCGGUUGAAAAGAAACAAGAAUCUCAAGAAAUAUUACAAGAGGAAACGAUUUCUGAGCCAACAUCAUCUAAUCUUAAACGCACCCAUGAUGUAAUUGAAGUAGAAGCUGAGGAAAAAUCAAAUGAUUCAAAGGUUUCCAGUGAAGCCCUCAAUAAGAAACCGAGAACAGAUGAUUUAAAAACCAUAGACGUCGAAUCUCCAGAAAAAUCUGAAACUCUUAAGGAUGAAAAAUCAUCUGUUGAUCUAAAACCUUCAGAGGAUGAUAAGAAGAGUAUUAAGGCUGUACCUUCGCACCAACCUAUACCCCUAUAUCCUCCUCCUCAACUGCAAGUUUUAAAAUCUGAGCAGACCAUAAGUUUAGAUUUUUUAAAGAAAUUCCGCAAAUCAUUCGAUAACAUGUCCAAACAGGAUCUUGAAGAGUUAGUACUUCAAAAAGUAGUUGAGGCCAUCAUACACCGUAGUGAGUUUUCCGAAAUGCGCGAAUUAAUCGAAAAGCAAGAAAAGUUAAUUACAGCUCACAGAACUAAAAUUAGCGAACUCUCAAAACAAUUUCGUGACUUGGAAAUGGUACACAAUCGUGUUGUCAAAGACAUAGAACAGCGUAACUCACAAUUCAUUAUGCCAGUAAAAAUUACUCGAGCAGUGGGUCUACAGGUAUACAUACCCAACAAAAAGUCUCUAACAGAAACUACUUCCAGCAGUACUGGUCCAUCCGUACCAUCAUCACCACAACGCCCAGUCGCAUCACAAGCACCCGCAAGCACUUCUUUAACUCCACCACAAAGACAAUUUAUUGCUUCACAAAUAGAGCAACAACCUCAACAGCAGCAACAACAACGGCCGGGACCUUCUACUUCCACCGGACCAACAAACACGGGAAAUGUUCGUAGAGGUUGUGUACAAAAAAUAACCCCUAUACGACCAGUUCCUGGUGCCACACCAUCAUCAUCAGCAGGACCUACUCCGGCUUCUGCUGCUUAUCGUGCUACACCGAAUCACUCGGCAGUAACGCAACCAAGAAUAUUAAACAAAAAUGCUGUUACCACAACUGUAAAUCCUACUUCUAUUCAAAGAUCACGUUAUUUGACUUCAAGUCAAGAUGGUCAACGUAUACCAACACAACAACAAAUUUCAAGAACACCCAAUAUGCCGGCUAAUAGUCAAAGAGUGGCUGUUAGUGCUGCAACACAAUCAAAACCACAAUCAAAUGUCGCUGCAGCAGUGCAACGACGUUCCGAACCCUUGACGUCAGUUGCCGCUGCCAGUUCAUCGAGUUCGAUUGUAGAUAACUACAUUAACACAUUGACUCAUCUUACCGGAGGUAAUACGGCAGUUAGUAUAACACCAGCAAAACCAAAAGAGAAAGCCGUUAUAGAUUUAACUGACGAGGAUGAAACACCAGGACAAGUGUCAAGCGUUCAAUCCGCCACUCAAGUGCCUGGAACACAGGUGCAAAGACGUAGUUUGCCUGGACAAAAUACGGUUAGUACUACGCAGCUACAAUAUGGACGGGCAGCACCAAACAUGGCUCGCAUACCUCCUGCCAAUCAAAUGGCCAAUAAUAAAAAUCGACAAAUGUCUUCGUUACAAGCUCAAAAGAGUAAUUCUUUCACAUCUAUUAGCACGCCUCCUGGUACAAGUAUAACACGUAUCAAUGUGCCUGCCAAUGCUGCAAAUGUCCAGCGUGUGAAAUACAGUCAUCCAGCACCAUUACCCGCAACUCCUCCACAAGCAUUUAAUCCUGCAUGGAAACUGCCCCCUCCGCGACCAACCAUACGCAUAAGUAAUCUUGACAACGGCAUUGUUAUCUCCUGGACCAUGGAAGAAUCUAUGGAUCGUCAUGCAGAAUGUGUAAGUUAUCAAAUUUAUGCUUAUCAGGAGACCUCUGGACCACCAAUGGUAGAUUCUUGGCGUCAUGUUGGUGAUGUUAAGGCUAUGCUUCUGCCCAUGGCUGUCACUCUCACACAGUUCCAAGAGGGCCAACGUUACUACUUUGCUGUGCGUGCUGUCGAUUGUCACCAGCGUUUCGGGCCCUUUAGUUUACCCAAAACUUGGAGUUAAAUUUGUUGCACACACACGUCCCCUUUCCUUUCCCUAUAUAAUUGUAACAAUUUAUUUUUUUUUCAUCGUUUUUAGUUUGUUUUUAAACUAUUCGUUUUUAGUUUCUAUAUUAGAUUUUUAAUGUUAUUCCGCAAAUGGGAAAAACAACAAAAAAAAAGGAAAAAAUAAUUUAAAUUUGUUAAUUUAUCGUUUUUUAUUAUCUUUUAUUUAUAUUGAAAUCACCAACCAACCAAUUCAUAAUUUUACGCACAUUCUACUCCAUGAACAUAAAAUUAAGAAUUCUUAAUACAUAAAUCAUACGUAAAUUCAUAAAAUAGAAAAAAAGAAUGAGAAAAUUGUCAAGUACAAACCUCUUCAGAUCUUAAAGAGGUUUUGUCGCCUAACCUACAAUAUUUUAGUUUUUAUUUAGUAUUUUUACUGUGUAGUCUUAAAUUAUACUCGUAUUAUUAUAUUAAAAUAAUAAAAAAAUAAUACAAAAUAUUAUAUUUUAAGAAACAAUAACACACACAUAUACUACAUACACACAAUCAGACAUUUAGAUUUAAAAAUUUAAUUGCUGCUAAAUCUUUAAUUAAAUUAUAAUUAAUUUAAUGUUAAAUAUGAAAUACAUACUAUAAACUACAAAAUCUAAUAAAAACUAUUCAAUUUAUUAAGUCCCGUAAA